ACAGUCAAGCUCUACACUGUUAACCUUUGCUGUUGUUUUGCAGCAGGUUUGCCAGUAACUUGCUGUAGAUGUAAUUACUUUCUUAUAAUACUGUUUUCAAUUUGAGUUAAACUUUACUUUUACCAAAAUUAAAAUACUUUGACUUUUGAGAUUCAAAAUGAAGAGACUGGGUGACAUCCUUCCUAAGCAUUUUUGUCUUGUUUUUUAAUUAAAAUAUUUGAAACUUCUUAAUUUACGAUACAUUUACACAACAAGAAAGGUGACCUAAGAUAUUUAGUCUUGUUUCAUGAAAAAAAAUACAUAAGGUUAGGUAGGUAAGUUUGUUUAAAACAAAAUUGUAAAUCUAAAGUAACUUCCUGGCAAACCUGCUGCAAACUACAUCAAAGUUUUACAGUUUAUACUGUUAUUUGUAAAUCAUAUAUUUUUAUAUUAUCCAGUUUUUUAGAAAAGCGUCCACUUGUUUUCAAAAAACUUCGAAUUAACAACAAUAACUUUUUUAUCUCACAAAGAACUAGCAACACAGCCCUAAAAACAACAGUGACAAACAAAUCGAUAAGAAAUGUGUUACUUCCUGAGAUCUUUAUUUUAAAGAGCGUCUUUCUAUUCAGCCUCGCCCCAUCCAGCCUCCGUGAAUAGGCUUCAAACCAGCAGAUGGUAAGCGGACAAAGAGGGUGGGGGUUCCAGAGGGCUUUUGUCUACUUUGCCUAUCGAACCCCGAUACUAGGAAACUAAAUUACACCCCAGAAUAUUGACACCCGUCCACACCCGCCCGUGCUCUGCGCCUUUAUCCUGACGCUCCUUUAUAGUGACGAGCGCUGAGCGGCCGCGCAUCUCGCGUUUUCCCAUCUCGGAAAUCAAAGCUCUUCCCAAACCUCCGGCAUGUCUUUCCAAGGCAAGAAGAACAUCCCUCGUCUAACGGGUGAUAAACUCAUCAUUAAAGGUGGAAAAAUCGUAAAUGACGACCAGUCGUUUUAUGCCGAUAUUUACAUUGAAGAUGGGAUUAUUAAGCAGAUUGGAGAGAAUCUCAUCGUACCUGGAGGUGUGAAGACAGUGGAUGCAUACGGGCACAUUGUGAUUCCGGGUGGUAUCGAUGUGAACACAAGUCUCCAGGCCUCUCACAUGGGGAUGAGCCCGGCAGAUGAUUUCUAUCAAGGCACUCGUGCUGCUCUGGCUGGAGGAACCACCAUGAUCAUUGACCAUGUUGUGCCUGAACCGGGAACUACUUUAAUGUCCGCGUAUGAACAGUGGAGGGAUAUAGCAGACACGCGGUCUUGCUGUGAUUAUUCUCUGCACAUUGACAUCACACGCUGGCAUGAGGGUCUGUUUGAGGAGCUGGAGACUCUGGUCAAAGAUAAAGGUGUAAACUCUUUCCUUAUCUUCAUGGCUUACAAGGACCAGUAUCAGAGCUCUGAUACUCAGAUCUAUGAGAUGUUUAGUGCUAUGAGAGAGCUGGGGGCCAUCGCACAGGUUCAUGCUGAAAACGGUGACAUCGUUGAGGAGGAACAAAAGAAGGUUUUGGACCUGGGGAUCACUGGGCCAGAGGGACACGUCCUGAGCCAUCCAGAGGAGGUUGAAACUGAGGCUGUGUAUCGAGCGAUCACCAUUGCUAAACAGGCCAACUGUCCGCUCUACAUCACAAAGGUGAUGAGCAAACCAGCCGCAGAUGUCAUCGCCAAAGCCAGGAAAAAGGGUAUGGUCAUCUAUGGGGAACCAAUCACGGCCAGCCUCGGCACGGACGGAUCACACUAUUGGAGUAAUGACUGGGCCAAAGCUGCGGCGUUUGUGAUGUCCCCGCCCCUCAAUCCUGAUCCAAGCACUCCAGAUUACCUCAGUUCACUUUUAUCCUGUGGCGAUCUUCAGGUUACAGCCAGCGCUCACUGCACCUUCACUACCGCUCAGAAAGCCGUCGGGAAAGACAACUUCACCUUCAUCCCAGAGGGGACCAAUGGCAUCGAGGAGCGCAUGAGCAUCAUCUGGGAAAAAGCUGUGGCGACAGGUAAAAUGGACGAGAACGACUUUGUCGCGGUAACCAGCACCAAUGCUGCGAAAAUCUUCAACGUGUACCCACGCAAGGGCCGAAUCGCUCCGGGAUCGGAUGCUGAUCUUGUUAUCUGGAACACCAAGGAGACUAAAACCAUCUCUGCCAAAUCUCACAACCUCAAUGUGGAGGUGAAUAUCUUUGAGGAAAUGGAGUGCCGUGGCUUCCCUGUUAUAGUCAUCAGUCAGGGCAGGAUUGUUCUUGAAGAUGAAAAACUCAAUGUGACAGAGGGUUCGGGGCGUUUCAUCCCCAGGAAAGCCUUUCCAGACUUCGUCUACAAGAGAAUCAAAGCCAGAGGCAGGAUGGCCGAUGCUCGCGGCGUUCCUAGAGGAAACUAUGACGGCCCGGUUCAUGAUGUCAUCAGCAUGACUAAAUCUGUGCCAGCCACACCGACCACUAGAGGACCCUCCUGUCCAGGAAAAACUCCACUUGGGCCAGCCAGAAACUUACACCAGUCUGGAUUCACCCUGUCUGGCACUCAAAUGGACGACCACAUUCCCAGGCGCAACUCUCAGAGGAUUGUAGCGCCACCUGGAGGCCGUUCCAAUAUCACAUCCCUCUCUUGAGCUGUGUGUGCACCCAGGGAUCUGAGCCACGUAUAGCAGAAGUUCCUCUUCCCUCACCUUCCGAUUUUAUAACAUCUAUACCAUGCAAAUAUUUAUUCCAAUAAAUCCAUAAACGCUCCAUGACCUCCAGUAUGCAGCACUACAGCUUGUCAUGAAUUCAUAAUCUUUCUGUGUAUCUGCCUCUGUUGUUAUCUGAUCAGACUCACUCAUAAUGUAGCAUGCUCCUUUGAUCAGAUCAGACGUCGUUCUGCUUUAGCAUAGCAUCGAUGGCAUAAAGACGGCUAGUGAUUGUUGUGUUUGUGAACUGAAUGCAUCUCAUUCACUGCCUUUAAACCUGCGCUUAUUUUCUCCUCCAGCAUAGAUUUUAAGUAAAAAAAAUAUGUGAUUUCUCGCCACUAGCAGCAUCAGAUGAGAUAAAGCCAAUAAGGAAGCAACAUUGAGAUGUACUGUACUGCUUUAAAUUCUCGGUUGUUUGUUGCCAUUAGUGAUGCAGAAGUGACCUGUGUGGCUCUUAGGUGCCGUAAUCUGUUAAUGUGCUUAAAAGGAAAAUUAAAAACGACCUACUGAUGGUCUUAGUGCUAGAGUUCUAUAAGAAAACUGUCCAUGAUGGAUCCCUGUGAAUAGAGCAAAAUAUGUAUUGUAGACUAAUGCUUAUAGCCACAUCUAUGAUUUACAGAUUUUGCAAAGAAAAGUGUCAUUGUGCAAACGCUCAUCACACAGAUACUGUGAACAGCAAUACAUUUUUGUAAGUUUCUACAACAAAACAAUUGGUGCUCUCGAUCUUGAAGUGCAGAAGUCACUUUUUGUACCCAGACAAAACUUUUGAUUUGUUUUGAGGUGAAACCUUGUUUAUAUUUCUGUAAUGCAAUACAUUACAAAGAGUCUUUUGUAGUCCUUUGAAUGUGUGCUGGGAAAUACGUAGUAGAUGUUAUUUUCGUGAGAUAUCUCGAGGCCUGUCGACGGCGCUCAGAUGAGAGAAAAUGACCUGUGGUUUGUCUUUUGUACCUACUUGUUUAUUUGUGUAAAUAUUUUUCGGUUUGUUUUUCAUAUUUUGUGCAUGAUGUGCAUGUCCUCAAUACAAAAUA